AUGAAAAAUGCAUGGAUCCUAUUGGCCACUGGCCUGGCGCUCCCAACCUGGGGUAUAACCCUUCAUCGGAGAGAUAACCCGGCAGUGGUGCAAAUGGAUAUUCAAAGAAAGGAUGUUCCCGAUCCCGUCGCUAGAGAUCAAGCAAGGAGGAAACGUUCGACAGUCAGCCAGGCACUGGACAAUGAGGAAACUUUGUACUUCUGUAACGUCACUUUGGGUACCCCAAAGCAGGGCUUACGUUUGGUUCUCGACACUGGAAGUAGUGAUUUGUGGUGCAAUACGCCAAAUUCUACUCUAUGUGAAUCCACCCGCAUCGCUUGCGCCGCGUCUGGUACUUACAACUCGAGCGCUUCCUCUUCAUAUUCAUUCGUGAGCUCGGAUUUCAAUAUUAGCUAUGCCGAUGGAUCUAGCGCUGUUGGAGACUAUGUUUCCGAUACCAUCACUAUUGGAGGCGUAUCUAUUAAAGACUUCCAAUUUGGCGUUGGCUUUGCCUCUGGUUCUCCAGAGGGUGUGUUGGGUAUAGGAUAUCCUGCGAAUGAAGUUCAGGUUGGCAGAAAUGGAGACUCUGCUUAUGCCAACCUGCCCAAGGCAAUGGUCGACAAAGGAUUAAUCCAAUCAAAUGCCUACAGUCUCUGGCUCAACGACCUGGAUGCGAGCAGAGGAUCGAUUUUGUUUGGUGGAGUCAACACUAAGAAAUACCAGGGCACCCUGCAGACAGUCCCCAUCCAGAAGGUCCGCGGACAGUACUCGGAGUUCGUUAUUGCGCUCACUGAACUGUCCCUUACCAAUGGUUCCAGCACAAAAACUCUUUCUUCGAGUUCCAUUCCUGUGGGUGUGUUACUGGAUUCGGGAAGCUCUCUUUCAUAUCUUCCAGACUCGCUUGUUGAGGAAAUCUACAACGAUCUCGGUGUCUCCUAUGAAUCAGACAGUGGCAUUGGCUACAUUGACUGCAGUCUAGCAGAGCAGAGCAUCAGUCUCAGCUACACGUUCUCAUCCCCGAAGAUUAACGUGGGCAUCGACGAGAUGAUUAUCGACGUUGGCGAUCUCUAUUUCAAGAACGGCAGGCGGGCCUGUGUUUUCGGUAUUGUUCCCGCGGGAGGCAGCACGGCGGUUCUGGGAGAUACGUUCCUCCGCAGUGCGUACGUGGUCUACGAUCUCGCCAAUAAUGAGAUCUCCCUUGCCAACACCAACUUCAAUACCACCGAGAAUGACGUCUUGGAGAUCGGGACUGGCUCUGAUUCCGUCCCCGGUGCGACGCCAGUCUCGAACCCAGUGACUACCGCGCCAAUUGGUGGCGCUGCUGCUCGCAUUGGAGGUCCACAUGGAACAUCUACCGGCGUUUCGGGCUCAGCCUCAGCCACUGCGAAUGUUGCCAUUCCCAAGGCCAUCGCUAUGCCGAAACUGGCUAUCGGCCUUGCUGGGGUAGGAGCCCUUCUGACCUUUUAA